CUCAAGAUGACGACCUCUCUGGGUUCUAACACCUACAACAGGCAGAACUGGGAAGAUGCGGACUUCCCCAUUCUGUACCAGACAUGUCUUGGAGAAAACCCAUAUAUCCGAAUAACCAAAGAAAAGUAUGAGAAGGAAUGCAAAAUCUGUGCCAGGCCGUUCACAGUGUUUCGCUGGUUCCCUGGAGUCCGUAUGUGUUUCAAAAAGACUGAAGUGUGCCAGACCUGCAGUAAAUUGAAGAGUAUCUGUCAGACCUGCCUCUUAGACCUAGAGUAUGGCCUGCCCAUCCAGGUUCAUGAUGCAGGAUUGUCUUUUAAAGAUGACAUGCCAAAGUCAGAUGUCAACAAAGAGUACUACACACAGAAUAUGGAGAGAGAGAUUUCUAACUCUGAUGGAACACGGCCAGUUGGCAUGCUGGGGAAAGCCACAUCUACCAAUGACAUGCUGCUCAAACUGGCCCGGACCACACCCUGCUACAAAAGGAAUCGACCCCACAUUUGAUCCUUCUGGGUGGAAGGAGAGUGUAAGAGAGGAGAGGAAUGUCCUUACAGACAUGAGAAGCCUACAGAUCCAGAUGACCCCCUUGCUGAUCAGAAUAUUAAAGAUCGAUACUACAGAAUCAAUGAUCCUGUAGCUGACAAGCUUCUAAAGCGGGCUUCAACAAUGCCUCGGCUGGACCCACCAGAGGAUAAAACUAUCACCACACUGUAUGUUGGUGGUCUGGGUGAUACUAUUACUGAGACAGAUUUAAGAAAUCAUUUCUACCAGUUCGGAGAGAUCCGGACGAUCACUGUUGUGCAAAGACAGCAGUGUGCUUUCAUCCAGUUUGCCAUGAGGCAGGCUGCAGAAGUGGCUGCUAAGAAGUCCUUUAAUAAGUUGAUUGUAAAUGGCUGCAGACUGAAUGUGAAAUGGGGAAGAUCCCAAACAGCCAGAGGAAAAGAAAAAGAGAAAGAUGGAACCACAGACUCUGGGAUCAAACUGGAACCGGUUCCAGGAUUACCAGGAGCUCUUCCUCCUCCUCCUGCGGAAGAAGAAGCCUCUGCCAACUACUUCAACUUGCCCCCAAGUGGUCCUCCAGCUGUGGUGAACAUUGCCCUGCCACAACCCCCUGGCAUCACCCCACCCCCACCACCAGGUUUUGGGUCACACAUGCUCCACCCAAUGGGACCACCCCCUCCUUUCAUGAGGGCUCCAGGACCAAUCCACUAUCCUUCUCAGGACCCUCAGCAGAUGGAAGCUCAUGCUGGAAGACACAGCAGUCCCUAG